CUGGGAGGAGUUUGGAAUGUGGACAACACACUAAACCUCUAAUAAUUGUUAAUAAUAAACAUGUGACAAAUAUGCUAUUACUUCAGUUAAACAUAUUAGUACAAAAUAUUUUGUUGUUACUUUUGAAAUCUUAAACAGUGUGUAUAAUUAUUUCUUUAAAAAAAACACGGAAGAAACUUGACUGAUGCCCUCAGCUAUCGACACGGAAGCACAGCUAGCGGAACAGCCGCCAACAGCCUGUGUUUGAUUGACAAGGCGCCGACACGGAGUGUCAGACACUUGGACAUUAUUAUACUUGGUGAUUGCUUACUUUGACUUUUCUUGGACUGUUAGUGCAACUCUUUUUGCACUAUAGACAUCAAUGGCUGGAUCUUUGAAAACAUAAAGUUCCUGGCAGGAUUUUGUUGGGUGCAGAUAGUAUAGCAGUCUUGUCCCCAAGAUAAAGCCUGGGGGAUUCUAAAUACAAACAUUUAAAUGCUAAUGUCCUUUCAUCAACCAGCCCCACUGCAGCUGAUGUAUCAUCUUCUAGCAUUCUUACGUCAGUCAAAAAGCAGGAGAUUCAGUGUCAGCAUCCAGUUCUACAGUUGGAGGCUGAAAGAGAGAGUGUAACACUGUAAUUCUAGUAAGACGUGAAGUAGAAGACUCUGGAACAUUCAGCACCGGAUACCAUCAGGAGCGAGGCAGGAUGGACUACCUGCAUGCUGAUCAUUACUCACAUGGAGGGGACUCUUACUACACUCCUCAGGCCAACCCCUAUAUAGGGGCUGGCAUGAACUACAACCCAAACACAUCUUUUGAUCGCCACAGCGAUCAGUCAUCGCACCUUUCCUUACACAGCACAGGAAGCAACAGGCCAGGUGCUCGACAGGCACCAAGAAUAGGAGAACAGUCAAAUGAUGCAUAUUCCUCCUAUGCUGGUAUGGCAAGGGUGUCUGAGGAUGAUCGUGGUUCCCCUAUGCCUAGGAACCCCCGUGAAUCCCCUUACCACAAUCUCCCCCAGUACAGAGAGGCCCCUUCCCCAAACUACCCUGAUCACACAGGAGUGGAUGAUAGCUUUGGGCCUAGAGAUGAGUAUGGAGGUGUGGGGGCUGGCAACAGUUAUCCUGUGUCUGGGGACAACUAUCCUGCCGAGUACAGGCAGUCUCCUACAGGUGAUCCCUAUCAGACUCGUGGCCUGGUUCAACCUGAAUACGUGGAUGACCAUGGUGACCCUGGUCCACCCUACGAUGAAAGUUACAGAGACUCCCCAUAUCAUCUCCAAGACUACCCCCCUAAUGCACUUGGAAGGAUUGCUGAAAAUAUAGAUCACUACCAUGAUGGCCACCAGACCUUUCCACAGCAGCCAAACGAAAAUAUAGAUCACUACCAUGAUGGCCACCAGACCUUUCCACAGCAGCCAGAUGAUUCUUUCCAAGGUGAUCAUUACCAAGGUGGAGAACAGCAAAUGUAUCGCCAUGAUCCCUAUCUAGACUCCCCUCAGCAGCGCCACAGUUAUGAUCAUGAAGGGUAUCAGAGACAGAGCCCUUUGCCAGGAGUAGGCCCUCCUAGAUACAGGGCCAGCUAUGAUGAAGGCCAUCCCUUGCAGCAGUAUGAUGGAGAACUUCCUGGAGAGGAUGGCCCACGCUACCGCGGAAGCUAUAAUAGAGAGGAGCCUGCUCCAUAUGGAGGCUUGCCAGCAGACGAAGCGCCUGCUCACUACAGAGGCAGCUAUGACCAUGAAGGCUCCCAUAGUUAUGGUGCAUCUCAUGAUGACGGACAGCCAGCCAGAACCAGAGGUAGCUAUCAGGAUGGACGCAAUCCCAAUGAUUCCUUUGAGGAUCCUGGCAGGAAGUAUGAAGGCCUGCCUCCUGUUCGCACUGAUCCUUUUGCAGAUGACCCAUUCCGAGAUCAGCGCAGUCAUGAUGGGUCUUUUGCUGGACUUCGUGACGAAGAGCCCUAUCAUCGUGGCCAGUCGCCAUCAGGAGGUAGUGAUAUGUAUCCUGGACGAUUUUAUGACAUGAGACAAGGUCCCUAUGAUCCUCAUCCCUAUGAUGGCCAUGAAGGCGCAGAUUACCUGUCGGGUGCUGCCCCUCGCUAUGAUGACUAUAUGGAAUCUCAACCUUACCCUGGGGAGACCGAAAGGGCUUUUUAUCCUGAUGAGACAGAGCGACCAUUCUACCCACAGGAGGUGGAGAUGGAGAGGCGCAUGGGUUCUAUGCAACUGGCGCCACCUGCAACAGAGGGGUACCACCCAGAUGACAGACGUACCCCAUCUGUGGAUGGCAGACCACCAUUUGGAGACUACCACAGGGCCCCAGACUUGCAGGAAGUGAUCGAGUACCUCAGCUCACCAGAUGACAGCAUCAAGGCCAAUGCUGCUGCCUACCUGCAACACUUGUCUUUCAAUGAUGAUGGGAUUAAAGCUAAGACCAGGAGCCUUGGUGGCAUCCAGCCACUGAUUGAACUUUUGAGUAAUGAACUGACAGAGGUACACAGAAACGCUUGUGGUGCUCUGCAGAAUUUGUCCUUUGGCAAAGCUAACGAUGAAAACAAGAGAGCAAUUAAAAACCUGGGUGGAGUGCCUGAACUAAUACGCUUGCUUCGCAAAACGGACCAGGAAGAUGUUAUGGACUCUGUGACGGGCAUUUUGUGGAACCUGUCUUCUUGUGAGGAUCUCAAGCAGGUCAUUUUGGAUGACGGUCUGACUGUGUUGGUCAAUGUGGUGGUACUGCCCUACUCUGGCUGGAAUGCAGGGAUCUCACAACCAUCGCAGCGACCCUGGACCACAGUGUUUAGAAAUACCACUGGUAUUCUGAGAAACAUAAGUUCAGCAGGCUAUGAUGCAAGGAAAAAACUGCGAGAAUGCCGUAGUUUGGUGAACGCUCUGAUACAUGCUUUACAACAGGCACGUGAUGACAACAACAUUGACUGCAAACCCGUCGAGAAUGUGGUCUGCAUUCUCAGGAACCUGUCCUACCGAGUGCAGGAGAUGGAAGACCCCGAUUUUUAUAAAAAACGCUCAGUGCCUCGCAGUUCUGCCCCACCAUCUAAAGAAGAGAAUUCUGGAUGCUUUGGAGGUGGUGGGAAGAAAGCAGCAAAGAAAACUUCGACAAGAGAAAACACUCCACAACGAUUUCCCCCAAAGCUACCACCAUCAGGCAGUGAGUACCAGUCACUGUGGGGAAAUGACUUGAUACAACUGUACCUGCUCAUUCUCAAGAGCUGUACCAACCCUGUCUCCAUGGAGGCUGCUGCUGGCGCCAUCCAGAAUCUCACAGCCUGCGACUGGGAGCCAGCAGUAGAGUGCAGAGCUUUUGUGAGGAAAGCGAAGGGCUUGCCUAUAUUAGUGGAUUUGCUGUCAAAUGAAUCAAACCGGGUGGUGUGUGCUGCGGCCACUGCACUGCGCAAUCUAACCAUCGAUGAGAAGAACAAAGAACUUGUAGGUAAAUACUCCAUACAGCAACUAGUGGCCUGGCUGCCACGUGACACUCGCCAUGCAGCCAAUAAGUGUCCUGAUGACUUGAUCUGUGCUGUUUUGGCUACACUGUAUGAAGUGAUUCGCUCAAACCAAGACUAUGCAGUGUCCCUGAUUCAAGAGGAUGGACUUUCGCGGCUGAAGUACAUAAAUACAUCUGAGGGACGUUUCCUUGCCAGAACACUCAAGAUUAACCAUACGAUCUUGAAGACACUGUGGAGUUUUAAGUCUCUGCAUGGGCGCUAUUCACACAUGGGAUUUACAGAACAGGAUUUCUUGGUGUCCAAAGCCACACCCAGGCCUGACGGUUACCGAGAUAGCAAAAGCCGCAAUGAAGGGCCAGUUUCCAGCAACCACACGACACCUUACAAUACCUUGUCUCGUCCAAUCUCUGCCCAAGGAUAUGAUGACAGCACUCUCAGCACAGGCCGAGCGCCACCAAGGGUUGAACGUAUGGGCUAUGGAGGGGGUGCGAGAGGCAGUCGCAGUGACAUGGAUGGCUAUCUGCAGAUGAACCAGGGCAACCCAGCUUUCUUUGACCAAGAUCGAGGGAAUUACUCAAGGGACAGAAUUCCGGUAGAGAGUGUACCUUUGAGUGACAUGGGGCCAGGCUAUGCUCCCCUGGAUGAGCCCCGCCCACACAAGAAGCCAGUAGGUGGAGUUCCCCUCUUUCCGAAUUUGCCACCAAGCAGAGGUGGAGAUAGAGCACAGCAAGAGCCCAGUCCCACUCCACAAGACUUGUCCACCGUGCCAGAACCUUUAUAUGCCCAGGUCAACAAAGGCCGUCGACGUCAUGAUGAUUACACCCAAGCUGCAGGCGGUGGGAGUUCUGCUGUCAUUCUGGAUGCCUCAGGGGGUCAAGGGGGAGCAGAUUCCUGGGUGUAACCAUUGGGUCUUUUCUGCUGGCUUCAUACACAUAGCCUGCAGGUGGGAGAAUUUGGCGAAAAGGUUUGCAGAGAAUACUGUGACUGUGACAACUGUCAGCACCCACACGCAGUACUUUCCUCCGGUUGCUGGAAAGUGGUUUUCUGCUUUAAGGUCUUUACAAACAAAUGGAAAGAGAACAUCUGUCAUGUUGUGUGUGCUUUAAACAAAACGUGGUAGAUAUACUGUAUAUAUAUAGCUAAAACUGCUCCAGAAAGACAAAAUGUGAGAGUCUACCAGCUGCUGUGCUGUCAAGCAGGUGUCGUGCAGUCUGGAGUGCGUUGUGCAAGGGGAUAUGCAUCCUGCAGUGUCAGCUUGUGUAAGUGUUGUUGGCCUUGGAUACUCUGAGGUGGGACAAUAAGACUUUUGUUGCCGAGGCCUACUUCACUGUGCAGUACGUGUUCCGCAAGGGUGCUUGACCUUGUCAAGUGAUCUUGUCCAUCUUCCAGGUGUGCUGUUAGUAGUCAGUGUUUAUUUGCUUACCUGUUGUGUACAGGCAAACAAACAAAGAUGGAGGUUGAAUUUUUUUAUAUUUUCAUGUUCAUGCUUGAAGCAUGUCUCUAUUCGUAAAUAAACUGCUUAUGUCAGUAAACAAACCUCUGUCAAUACUAAAUACAUGCCUGGGCUACAUCUGUAAAUGAGCCUUAUAUCAAAUGCCAGCUGAAUACCCUGGCAGUGGUUGACACAUUGUUAUAUGGGGUAGACUCAUCAGAUCAAUUAAUAAACCUGUUUUCAUCUGUGACUAAACCUGUUUACAUCUGUGAAUAAUUAUGUUUUGUGAGCCAGAAGCAAGCUGUGCUUCUGUGUUAGUGCUAGUAGAAGUGUAUAGACCCAGCUGACAGGUCACCUAGACGUGAGUAUUUUAGAUAGAGCAAGAUGCUGUGACCACAUGUUACCAGUGUAGAGUAGGUUGGUAAUAGUAACCUGAAUGGGUCACUUAGAUAUGAGAAUUUUUGAUAGAACAGGCAGCUGUCACCAUGCAUUACCAGCGUAGAGUAGGUUGGUAGCAGCGGAAAGUGUGGUGAAUGUAACAAAGUGGAGUUGGUGUAGAGACAGCCAUUAAGUUGCUGUCACUAUGUGCUACUAGUGGAGAGAGUUGACGGCAGGGAACAGUGUUGUGAAGAUAACAGCAUAGAGACUGAUAUACAGUUGUAUGAGCUGCUGUAUAGGGCAGCUCACUCUUGACAACUAUACAGUCAUACAACUGAAAAACUGCACAGUGAUGAGAAGCACACGGAGGCAGCCUUCUCACAAACACAACAGUCUUUCUGGCACCAUCACAACAGCUCUUGUCUUGUACCUGCAGUCUUGCUGUGGAACGUAUUAUGUUUGGUGUCAGCCAGAUGACUGUACUGUGUCCGAUGCUGUGUGACUUGGUUCUGUCAGCUGAGUGUACAUGGCAGCGUAGACUUCGUGCUGUGUUAGGUUACAAAUCAGUUUCCUUUCUAAACAAAGCAAGAGAUCCUCAUGUGGACAAACUCUGGGCAGAGAGAACAGUCAGCUAGGCUGUACAGUGUAACAUAGGUUUUUUUAGCGGUAGUUAUGAUAUAUGGAAUCUACAGAGUAUGUAUUUAUUUUCUACUACAGUUUUACUGUUUCUGUGGGAGAUCAAUUGUUUGUUAAAAAAAGAGAAUGAAACACAGAACAGAAACAGUUUGUAACCUGGUUAUGCGUGGCCGAAGCUAGGGCCAAAUAAGCAUGUGUGUUGUGUGUGUGUUCACGUGUAUAUACAAGAGAGAUUUCAAUGUUUAAAUGUAUUAUUGUAUACCCUCUGUGUGUGUGUGUGCCCAUGGGCAUGUGCACAAAUUUGCAAGUAUAUGUGUGUAGUAUCUGUGUGGAUAUGUGCAUCUACAGGUAUAUGUGUGUGCAUGCAUGUGGUGUUGAUAAUUCAUGUGAGCGUAUGGGUAAGUAUUACUGCUGCAGGCUGAAGGUGUGGAUAAUAAUAGAUGUGUGGCUUUGAGGGAGAGUAGAAAUAACAAGAUACAAACAGGUGAACAUCUCAGGCUGUGGGAUAAUUAAGGAAAGUCAUCAGUGACUCCUAAAAGGAUCUGAACUUAAGCAUAGCUUUAAUCCAUUUUUUUUUAAUAUGCAUUGUGUUAUUGCCUACAGUUAUACUAAUACUGUCAUGAACAAAUGAGUAAAUUUCUCACAUAUUAAAGUAUAUCAAUUUGUUAUAAAUAUGCACAGUCAUGUCAUGCCACUUUGGCAUAUUUAUCAAAAUGAGUGAACAUUGAUCAGCUAGGGAAACUAGAGGAGACGUUUAACCUGUGGUGUUUUAGCCAGCUGAUCUUGACUGCAGCUUUGAGGGAAUGGGAUAAGGCCCCUUAGCUUUUUGAUCAGUAAGAUUUUGUAGCUUACCUGAACCUCCCUUUCUUAAUGUGCUAGAGGGGGUUGGUGGGGUGACUUUCAGCUCUUAAUCAUUAGACAAGAUUUGUCUACUUAGGGAGAUGAGACAUUGGUGAGUAAACCUGCAAAAUGAAACAACUUCCAGUUUUGUAGCUGCUAACUUGAUACAAUACAUGCCCACUAUAGAAGGGAGGACAUGUCCAUAGAUUAUAGUGACUGUUCAGAAUGAGGUCGAGUUCUACUAGGCCAGUGUUGGGAGGAGCACUUUGUGAUAUAUCCCAGCUGCUUGCAAGUGUGUGUGUAGCAUUUUUGAAUGCAUGUGCACCUGUCAUGUUUAUGUGUUGUUGUAAUGACAUGCUCACAUGUCAACAUUUCCAGGUUGUGGUCUUGAAGCAUUGGUGACUGAGCACACUGUAAAUAAUUUUUUUUUUCCUUUCAUUUCAUUGUAUUUGUGAAAAAGAUUUGAUUUGUAACUUUCGUAGUCAUUCAGGCAAGAUUCUGGUUGUCAUGUAGGAUACUCUCCUGAUGGAUAACACCAACAGACAUUGGUGUCAUAUUGAACUAGCAUCACAUGUGUUGAUAAGCUGAUCAUGAUACAGCAGAGAACCACUGUACAUCUGUAUAAUCCAAAUGGCCAGCCCCAGGUCCAGAGAUCAUUGCAGAAUCCUUCCUAGAGAGAGGUGGCUUGUUAACCUGGUCGAUGCUAUGGAUGCCUUCAUCGAGUGAGAUAGCUUUUAAACCCAGUUGGUGCAAGAGGUUUGAUGCUUGAGUGAGAUGGCUUGUUAACCUGGUUGAUGCUACAGAUGCCUUCCUUGAGUGAGAUAGCUUGUUAACCUUUCUGGUGCAAGAGAUUUGACACCUGAGUGAGAUGGUGUGUUAUCCUGGCAGGCGCAGUGCAGUGGACUGCUUGUUACUUGCUGCUUUCCACAGUCCCUGCUGACUUUUGUACCUGCUUGAAUGUGUGAAUAUGCAAUAGUAACAGUGUAAUGGUCUUAGUGUGACUACUCAAGAUUCAGGGCUUGUCCACUGUAAAGGUAUGUUGUAGGCAGGUGACGUGGACAUCAUGAUUUGACUCGCAGGAAAUGUAAAGGAGAGUAUAUCAUGGUUGGAUUCUUCAGGAGAGUUGCAAUGUUACAAUAUGUGGCCUAGCAAGUAACCUUGCUCACCUUGUCGCUCUCAUUCCACUCUUCAUACUUUGACCUAAAGGGAUACAUAUUCCACAGCUAGCAUUACGUGGUCUCCCUUGAACCCCGCCCCCCACUUCCUUUGUUAUGAGCACAAGCAGUAUGCUUCAUUACAAGACCGCCACCAUUCUGUCGGGCAGCAUCUGCUUUAUGUGAUAAUGAUUUGCCAGAUUAAUGGAACAGCCUGUUCUUCGGUUUUACUACAGCGGACUUCCUUGAAAAUUAAAACAUUUUUCAUAACUC